ACCCUUUCGUCUGUUCUUCUUCCAACUCCAAAGAGGAAAACCUAACACACACACACAAGAACUCGUUCACUGAGUGUUUCAGAAGAAUGCAAAAUUGAAUUUUGACGAUGCUUUGGGACACCCAUUUGUGCAAUUGAGUAGAAAAGAAUGGGCGUUGGUGGCAAUUUCUGGGAGCUACUAAAGCCUUAUGCACGGAGCGAAGGGUUUGAUUUCUUGAGGAACAAGCGAGUGGCUGUGGACCUCUCUUACUGGAUUGUGGCCCACGAGACUGCCUUAAAGUCUCAUCAUGUUCGCAAACCCCACCUCAGACUCACCUUCUUCCGCACCAUCAAUCUCUUCUCCAAGUUUGGAGCAUUUCCAGUGUUUGUUGUUGAUGGAACUCCAUCGCCGUUGAAAUCAGAGGCACGGGUUGCGAGAUUUUUCCGGUCUUCUGGCAUUGAAUUAACUAGCUUGCCGGUGCCUGAAGGAGGUCUCUCAGCUGAAAGGAACAGUGCUUUUACAAAAUGUGUUCAAGAAUGUGUGGAACUUGUUGAGCUACUUGGAAUGCCUGUAUUAAAGGCUAAAGGAGAGGCCGAAGCACUUUGCGCCCAAUUAAAUUGUGAAGGUCAUGUAGAUGCUUGCAUCACAGUUGACAGUGAUGCAUUUCUCUUUGGGGCCAAAUGUAUAGUAAAAUGUUUUCGCCCCAAUUCCAAAGAACCAUUUGAAAGCUACAAUAUGUCUGAUAUUGAAGCUGGCCUUGGGUUGAAGAGGAAACACUUAAUAGCACUUGCUCUUCUGGUUGGAAAUGAUCAUGAUAUGAAUGGUGUGCGAGGGAUCGGACUUGAUACCGCUCUUCAGUUUGUUCGAGCUUUUAGUGAAGAUGAUAUAUUAAAUAGAUUACAUGAGAUAGGCAAAGGAAACACUUCUCAAGUUCCCAUAAGCAUUAAAUCUGGGGACUAUAUGGAUACGGACGAGAACUCCCCGAAUAAAAAACAACCCCACUGCUCAUUCUGUGGGCAUCCUGGCAGCAAAAGGGAUCACACGAAGUUUUCCUGUGAAUAUUGUCUCACUAAUGACGAAGAAGGUUGCCUGAGAAAACCAGAGGGUUUCAAAUGUGAUUGCUUCUCCUGUGAUAUGACCAGGAAACAUAAGGAGCAGAAAAGGCUAGAAAUUUGGCACACAAAAGUUUGCAACAAGAUUGCAAAUGAACCAGAUUUUCCAAAGGAUGAAAUCAUUGAUAUGUAUUUACAUAAAAACAAUGGUUACUUCUCCGAAAAGGAUGGCCCUUGCAUGUGUUGGGAAAAACCUAAUAUUGAGAUGCUGAUUGAUUUCUUAAACUUCCAUCAGAACUGGGAUCCAUCGUACGUUCGGCGGCUGAUCUUUCCUGUUAUGUCCACCAUCUUCUUGAGAGAUAUCACUACUACUACAGCAGAAGAUUUGUUAUUUGGACAGUAUGAGUUUGAUUCCUUGGAACGUGUGAAGACGAGAUAUGGAUAUCAGUUUUAUGUGGUCAAGUGGAAACGAGCAUUCAACAACGUUGCCUAUAGAAUUCCAUCGAAUGUACCUGACACGCCACAACAAGGUACUAGAGAGCUGGAUGAAACAGAGGAUUUACUAGAUGAUUGUGAUGUUCCCGAGGUUCUCAUGGAUGAGGGAUCUAGUUUUCUAUUGACAGAUGAAAAUAUGGACCUUGUCGCAGCUGCUUUUCCAAAAGAAGUAAAAAGGUUUUGGCACGAACAGGAACUGAAGGAGUUGAAAAGAAGAAAGAGCCCAUCCUCAAGAUCAGAUAAAAAUGAAAAUUCAGCAUCACCAAGCUCAAAGAGGUUGCAGCUAAACAUCACAGAAUUCUUCCCUUCAACAAAAGUUAAAGAUCAAUCGAAAGCAGACGAUUCAUCCAAGGAAAUCGGUGAUAGCCAAGAUAGUGGAGCCUCCAAAGGAAAGAGGAAAGAAUCAAGUUCUAACCUCUCGAAAUCCGUGAGGCGCCGCCUUCUAUUUGACUAGUGUUGUAUAUGUGGUUCUUGUGGCACUAUUUUGCAGGGUGGUGAAGCAGUAACAAUGUGUAUAUAUACCUCAGUACCUUACAAAAUUUUGUUAUAAAUAGCUAAGCUUUUUUAUAGUGAGUAUAGAUAUGUUGGUAUCUGUUUCUGUGUG